AUGUCGAGGUUUGAGCCAGAAGAACUAUUCGCAUACGACCUCUCACCGAGGAUCAUUGACUCCUUGGAGCUGAUGUACUUUGAUAGUUCCACGGUGGAGGAGGUUACAUUGGCGCAACAGCAGCAGCAGCAACAACAAGAGCAGAGUACUGUACAGGUUAUCAAACCCGUACAACAUAAGGACAGGGAAUACUACAACUCAGACAUCUACAAGCUGAACUUGAAAAGACAAAGUCGUGGACUCCCACCGCUGACAGAGUCGGAAUUUGAGGAGUUAGCAAGUGAACUCUUCAAUGAGAGUUUAUCCGGCUCUGAAGAAGAAGAUAGCGAGGAGGAUGGCGAUGACAACGACGAGCGCUACAAAACGGAUACACUUGACACGAUUUUUGAGAGAAGCAUAGCAAAGCUAGAACAGCUGAAAUUGGAACAAGAAGAGGAAGGUGUGGUUAGUCACUUGGCAACCAGGUCUCCAUUUAUCUUGUUCAAAUCGUCAUUGCUGGAUAGUUCACAUGCGUUUGGUGUAUACAAAUCUCUGUUCAGCGUCAAGGAAAUCAACGAUCCAAUAAACGCGUUGAAAUCAUGGCAGUCUCAACAGGGGAAGAAAUCUGCAAUAUUCAUGAUUGGUGGUGGACAUUUUGCCGGUGCAAUAGUUUCACAUGCUGUUAAAUCUACGAAAGGUCAAGUUUCAAAGACACCUUCAGAUCUGCUGUUAAACUCGGUUGAUUUCAUCAUGCAAAAAUCCUUUCAUCGUUAUACAACGAGAAGAAAACAAGGUGGUUCUCAAAGUGCAAUGGAUAAUGCAAAGGGUAAGGCAAACUCUGCGGGUUCAAACCUUCGUCGAGCCAAUGAGAUGGCUCUUCAGAAUGAAGUCCGUGAAUUAUUACAAUCUUGGAAGAAGCAGCUCAAUGAAUGUGAUUCAAUCUUCAUAAGAGCCAAUGGAAUGCAGAAUCGAAGAAUACUCGUUGGGUAUGAAGGUUCACCAUUCGCAAACGAUGACGACAGAAUAAGAAGUUUUCCCUUCACCACAAAGAGGGCAACCACUUCUGAAUUAAAAAGAGCAUGGUUGCAGCUGACCAGUUUGACAAUCACUGCAAAACCGAAGGUGGAUGAUAAAGUGUUGAAACAAAAGGCCUUACAACAACAGUUGAAACAAUCCAAAUCGAACAAAGUCAAAGAAACUGACAAGGUGACCCCAGAGGAGACCCAAACCAGGGAAAUUGUUGGUUUUUUGAAAAAGUCGAGAGGGCCCGUUUUGAUUACAUACAUGAAGAAGAAUCAAUUGAGUCCACAGUUUGAAUUACAACCGGAAUCGGAAUAUUACCAUACACCAACUGUUUUACACUAUGCAAGUGCACAUGGAUUGAAGAACCUUAUAGGCCCUCUCUUAAAGAAUUUGAAAUGCGAUCCAACAGCAUUGAACAAAUCAGGUAAAACUGCAUACGAUUUGAGUGCCAACGUUUCUGUAAAACAGGCAUUCCGUAUUGCGCGUUCCGAAUUGGGAGAAUCCAUCUAUGAUUGGGAAAGAGCUCACGUUGAGCCACCUUUAAAACGUGAAGACGUUGAAAGAGAAGAUCUGGAAAGAAAGACCCAAGAGGAACAAGAGAAGAAAAAGAACAGAAAGUUGAACCAGUGA